UGUCACACACACAAUCAUGUCAUGUUCCAAAAGUCAAAACAAAAGGAAGCGUGAAAAAUAACCUUAAAAUUAAAUCUUCUGAUUGAGUUUUUUAAACUUUUUGCACCUAUUUGAUUCGGUCUAUAGGCAAUAAUCAUAACAUUGUGCCUACAUGUGAUAUGCUAAACUAAACAUGCCACCGAAAACAAAGAAAUGGGUAGAGUGUGAGGUGUGUAAAUGUAGUGUUCUGGAUUUGCAGCUUCACAAAGAGUUAAACUGCACUAAUGAUCAAUCAAAAUGUCCGUACAUCAAGGAUGGCGAGUUCUUUACUUGCGUGGAGACUAUUCCCUACCCCAUGGAUGGUGUGCCAAGGGAUUCCAUUGUCAUACACCCAGGGGCUAGUGGGGUUAUAAAUGCAGUUAUAGGAGGACCCAUAGAGAUAAAAAAACACGGUGCUCCGCCGCUAUUGAAACGAAUGUGGCCAUCAAGGACCCUUGCUCCUACAGCUGUUGUGUUGCCACUUAGCCAUUUAACUGGGCUUUGGUGUGAUGAAAGUGACAACAAAAUUUCAGUUUCGGUUUACAAUGGACCAAUAACUACAGCAGCCAUAGUAAAAGUAAAAAUUCUAAACCACAAAGGAAAAGCAGAUAUUGCCCAACUUCUACAAGAACACUUCCUCAACACAUUUGUUUCUGCUCAAAGCAUCUUACCAUACUACUACUUUGGUAAGCGAUUAGAAAUUGAAGUACUGGAGGUAAUAUCAGAUAACACGGAUGAUCAAAGGUCUGGAUGGUACAGCACUAAUGAUGAAACGAAAUGGGAUGUAGCUUCAAACAAUGAAAUUAAAGUUCCAAAAAAGAAACAAAGUCCUCUUGGUGGUGUGGAUGACAUAUUGGAGGAAAUUAAUACUUUUAUAAAGCUCUCUUUUAAUAAAGAUACAUCAAAUUUUCAACCUACAAGAGGUGUUUUACUGUAUGGGUCAUCUGGGGCAGGAAAAACAGCAUUGUGCAAAUAUAUAACAGAAACUACCAAUUGCUACAGCACUGAAAUCAAUGGAUCAUCUAUUUUCAGCAAAUAUAUGGGAGAAACGGAAUCUAGUGUGAAGGAUGUGUUCAUCAAAGCAAAAGAAAAUGCUCCAAGCAUCAUAGUUGUUGAUGAAAUAGAGACAGUCUGCCCAAAAAGAACAGCAAACAGCCUGGAACAAGAAAAGAGGAUAUCAUCUGCUUUUGUCAACCUCAUUGAUGAACUACACCAAGAAAAUUGUAGAGUUUUUAUAUUGGCAACCACAAGAAAACCAGAAGCAGUUGAGCCAUCUUUAAGAAGAUUUGGGCGCUUGGAUAAAGAGAUUGAAAUCCCAAUACCAGAUAGAAUAAGACGAAGGGAAAUUUUGUAUUCCUUACUGAAAAAAUUACCACACAGGAUACCGGAAAAAGAAAUAGAAUCGGUUUCACAGUUAGCUCAUGGCUAUGUGGCUGCAGACCUUGUGAACUUAUGCACUCAGGCAUCUAUGAAAUGUAUCAAAAGAUCAGGAGAAAUGAUAGAGACAGAAGAUAUAGUUGCUGCCCUAACUGUUGUAAGGCCAAGUGCUAUGAGAGAAUUACUCAUAGAAAUUCCAAAUGUCCGAUGGUCAGAUAUUGGAGGUCAGGAUAACCUAAAGUUAAAACUUCGACAGGCUGUGGAAUGGCCUCUGAAGCAUGCAGAUAGUUUCCAGCGUUUAGGCAUAAGACCACCAAGUGGUGUAUUAUUGUAUGGCCCGCCAGGUUGUAGUAAAACCAUGAUAGCCAAAGCUUUGGCGACCGAAAGUGGACUCAAUUUCCUAUCGAUUAAAGGUCCUGAGUUGCUUUCCAAGUAUGUUGGCGAGUCUGAGAGAGCUGUGAGGAAUUUGUUUACAAAAGCGCGUCAAGUGGCUCCAUCUGUUAUAUUUUUUGAUGAGGUUGACGCUUUGGGUGGGGAAAGAGGUGGGAAGCAAAGUAAUAGUGAGAUGGUGUUAGCACAACUGCUUACAGAGUUGGAUGGAGUGGUUCCUCUGAAUUCUGUAACUAUUUUGGCGGCGACGAAUCGACCUGACCGAAUAGACCGUGCAUUACUGCGGCCAGGACGGCUGGACCGACUGAUCUAUGUUCCGCUGCCGGAUUUUGAAACGAGGUUGCAGAUUGUCGAGCUGAAAUUGAGCAAGAUGAGCGUCAGUGAUGACGUGAAUUCCCACGUGAUCGCCACUAAAACUGAUGGGUUUUCUGGUGCUGAGCUGGAGGCAGUGUGUCACGAAGCCGCGCUGAAUGCUCUAGAGACAGAUAUAAAUUGUAAGGAAGUCACUAUGCAAUAUUUUGAGAAUGUCUUAAAAGAUUUCAAGCCUAGAACACCUCAUGAUUUGCUAAAGAUCUAUGACGAAUUUGCUUUAGGGCAGAAGUCAGGUUAGAGUUACUGAUGACUUAUGAAUAAACGGAAAGCUAGCAGAGCUAGCACGGGGCGCAAUUAAGACGUGACAAAAGUUCCGCGCUCGCUCACUCACAUCGCGCAGUCACAAGAGCGAGCGCGACGCGACAGAGAACUUUUGUUACGUCUUAAGUGCGCCCCGUGCUUGCCCUUCUGCUGCAGGUAAGGUGAGCAAUAAAAUAGUAAAAUUACAGAGGAAUGUUACGUGAAUAUAACAUUACUAUUGAUAAACUUUACCUACAUAGUUUUAAGGGAUUUAUAAAUCUAUUCAAAAUAAAACAAAUAUUUUAUCACUAUUUA